CUAUUCAGAGGCAAAUGUCUGAUCAAUUCAGAUAAGAGGUCUUAACCAUUCAGACUCUGUAUAAUACUUAACCAUUCAGAGGCAAAUCUCUUAACCAUUCAGACAUCUGAACCAUUAAGAGGCUGAAACAAACAGUCUGAACCAUUAAGUACUGAACCAUUCAGACAUCUGAACCAUUAAGAGGCUGAAACAAACAGCCCCUUAGUGUCCAAGCAUACUAAUCUAGAUGCUUUUUUGAAAUAAUCCAUCUUUAGGUCAACUCUAAAAUAUUGAAACUACCCAUCGAAGUAAGCCUGAAAUUGAAUUGUGUUCGACUGAGUGAGACUUAAGAGUAAUACCAUGCGAGGCUAUUCCAUGAAGCUACUGAAGCACCUGCCUCUCUCAUUCUCGUCAGGUGAUCGAUACGAGGAUCAUGACGACAAAACAGCUCUUUCAGCUAAUCUCCUCCUUGGAUGGAUUGAUGGUCAUGAAGCAGCCCCGGCGCCAACUAUCUCCAAAAACGAUAAAACCGUCCCUAAUCCAGAGUAUACCUCCUGGACCAUCGUUGACACACAGAUCCGCGCCUGCCUCCUAGCGGUCAUCAGCCCCUCCGUUCACAAACAUGCUCGCGGCUUCACCACAUCUGCUGCCCUCUGGGAUGCUUUGGCCGCACGUUGUUUCUCUUCUAUACGACUCUGCUCUCCCGACUACCUUUUGGGUCGAAGCUCUUGCCACAGCAAACUAUCUUAUCAACCGUAUGCCCACCAAAACUCUCUCCAACAAAUCUCCCUUUGAAACUCUUUAUAACCGUCCUCCUACAUAUACCCACCUUCGUGCCUUUGGUUGCUUGGUCUAUCCAUGGCUCCGCCCUUACACUCACCACAAACUUCAACCACGCUCCACUCCUUGUGUCUUCUUAGGAUAUCACCCCACCACUAAAGGGUAUAAAUGCUAUGAACCCGUGUCUCAAAAAGUUUAUGUCUCUCGUCAUGUUCGGUUCGUCGAGGAUCAGUUUCCAUAUCCCAAAUUGUCAUCCCUCCCGUCACCCUCUCCUAUAACCCCUAUUUUUCCUCCAAGCCCAGGCUCACAUGCUCCUGUCCCACUGACGGUCCAACCCCAGACCCGUCCCACCAGUCACGGACGACAGCCUGACACCCUCCCUAU